UAGUUCGUACAAGACAUGCUAGAAUUAGGUGGGACUGACCUCGAAAGUUCAGGAAAUGGAUCAGUAUUGAACACACACUCCCUCUCUCUCGCUCUCACUCUCUAGCCUGAAAUUUCGGGUUCAACCAAACUUUGCCAAUGCAGGCCUUCGGGACUAUAGUGCGCAAUCCAAAGCAAGCUGAAUAGAGAGUGGGUCUUGGACCGAGUCUGGCCGACGUAGAUGGAGCAACAGAUGGAGAACAGGCAAGUGAUAUUCAAGGGGUUCAUAGACAGAGCUCCAAGGGAGACGGACAUGGAGUUGAAGGUGGGAAGCAUCGGCGGCGGCCUCAAGGCGCCUCCAGGAUCGGGUGCUUUCCUGGUCAAGAAUCUCUGCCUCUCUUGCGACCCCUACAUGAGGGGACGUAUGCGCGAUUCCCGCGCUUCUUAUAUCCCCCCUUUCGUUCCUGGUCAGCCCAUCGAAGGGUCCGGUGUUUCAAAGGUUAUUGACUCCGACGAUCCGGACUUCAAGCCUGGCGAUUUAGUUUCCGGGCUAACUGGCUGGGAAGAAUACAGCUUGGUGAGGAAGACCGAUCAGUUGCCAAACCAGUUGCGAAAAAUCGAGCAGCAUGAUGUCCCUCUGUCGUAUCACCUGGGACUUCUUGUAUUUGGUGGACCUAUACAAUCCCACUGCACAACUAGUUUCGUGAAAUUUCAUGGUAAGUUUUGUGAAACAAACCGUAUUCAACUCAAUGAUGCGGCAAAUUUUCAUGGCAUAACAAAUUCCCUGGUGUAUAGUCAGCACAAGCAUCUUCAUGGUAGCACAAGCCUCUUCAUGGUUCCUAAAAAUAUAUUUUGCGCAGGUAUGCCAGGAUUUACUGCAUAUGUGGGACUUCAUGAGAUAUGCUCCCUUAAACAAGGAGAUACCGUCCUCGUCUCUGCAGCUUCCGGAGCAGUUGGACAGCUCGUUGGCCAACUUGCUAAAUUGCAUGGCUGCUAUGUAGUUGGAAGUGCUGGCUCAAGGCAAAAGGUUGACCUGCUGAAGAGUCAACUUGGAUUUGAUGAUGCUUUUGUCUAUAAAGAAGAGCCAGACCUGGAUGCGGCUUUGAAGAGGUACUUUCCUCAAGGCAUCGACAUCUACUUUGAUAAUGUUGGGGGAGACAUGCUGGAUGCUGCGCUUCUCAACAUGUGUGUCGGUGGGCGCAUUGCGGUCUGCGGCAUGGUAUCGCAGCAUAGUCAAACUGAUCCACAAGGGAUCCACAACUUGUUCAAUCUGAUAUCGAAGCGCAUCAGGAUGCAGGGGUUCCUGCAAAGCGACUAUUUGCACCUCUUUCCUCUCUUCUUCAAUCAAGUUCUGAAAUACUACAAGCAGGGAAAGAUCACUUAUGUGGAAGACGUGGCUCAGGGAUUGGAGCAUGCUCCGGCUGCAUUCGUCGGCCUGUUUUCCGGUAGAAAUGUUGGCAAGCAGGUCAUUCAUGUUGCCAAUCCAUAGGAUGGCUAAUGAAUUUGGCAGAAACCAGGGAAGAAGUGUGAGGGCCUAUCCCAUCCAAGCACCAUGUUGAGAAUCUUUUCCUUUCCCAGUUCGGCAUAAAAGUACUGGUGAGCCGGGCAAGAGAUCGCAGCAUUUCAGUUCCAUCUCUCUGACGUUGAUACUGUAACAUUGAGCAGCUUGAAAUACUGGUGCAAUAAGGAUAGUCUUUCUUGGGUGCUGGU